AUGUACUCGUCGGGUAGAGUGCCUUCAUCUGACGAUGAGGACGAUGAGCGAGCUAGUCAUGCUGAUCGAGAUUCAGAGUACGACCCUCAGGAUUAUCGUACCGUGUAUAGGGCUCAGCAUGGGGGAUUUGUUGAUAGUAGUGAGCUAGGUCAACCUUCUACCAGCUCAUCAGAGACAUGGUUAGUACAGGAGCCGAUGUCAGGUGGGCCUAAGGAUGGUACUGUUAUUCCUAGUUUUGGGGGUCACGUGGCUGCAUAUAUAUGGGGUGGGCAGGAGCGAAAUGUUCUGCGGUGUUUGAGUAGGACACAGUUGUGUUCUGAAUUGGGUAACUGGCGAGGUCGUCUGGCGCAGGAGCACCUGGAACUGAUUGAUGGCAGUGGUCUAUCUCACUUACCCGGGAUCAUUUUCAGGCGAUUUGACUGGCCCUUGAUUUCUGCUUUUGUUGAGAGAUGGCAGCCAGACACGAACACGUUUCACAUGCCAUUUGGAGAGAUCACGAUCAUGCUGCAUGAUGUGUAUCAUAUUCUAGGGCUUUGUGUUGAUGGUUUCAUGGUUUCCACUACUCCUAGCACGAACGUUUUACGGGACACGUGCUCGAUUACCAUGGAUAUGACUGCGGAAGAGUUGAAUGAGAAGUGUGGUACUAAAACCGUAUGGCAGGGUAGUGGGGUGCUGACUGAGAGGAUAAUGGAGUUGACCUUGGAGGCGCAAAGGCCCUUCAGGGUCCAUUACAGGGCGUACUUGUGGUUAGUACUUGGCGGAUGUUUGUUUUUUGACAAGGGUGGAAACCGUACUCAUCCUUCCUUCCUCAACGAGCUUUUUAUUGAGGAUGUUCAGAUUAGUGAGUACUCCUGGGGUUCUGCUGUGCUAGCAUAUAUGUAUCGGCAGUUGGGUACAUCAUCACGAAAAGAUGCUGAUUCUAUCGCCGGUUGUCUUACGCUUUUGCAGGCGUAG